UGGGAGGAGGAGGGAGGGUGGACAGUUUCCUUUCUGUAACACACACGCUACAGGAACACACCGCCGGGAAAAAAAAAAAAAAAAAACGGGGAGAGGGAAGAAAAUAAUAACCAAGAGAGGGAGAAGGAAACACCGCAGCCCCUCCGUCCGUUUAUCCGUCCCUCCGUUUGUGCGUCCGUCCUUUUGGUUGGUUUUUUUCCCCCACUUUAAGCCAGAGAAAGCUUUCCCCCCCCCCCCUCUUGCGGACUAACAUGGACAAGAGCUCAUGAGGAGGGCUGACUUUCAGUGAACCACUUCUCUGUGGCUGAUAGGGAGGAAAAAGGCGACGGGGAAGACAUGUUGAGGGGCUCUUCGUCUUGAGGUUGCGGUAGGCUGUUGUCGGUGUUCCGCUCUCUAAACACUCGGCUCCGGUAAGAGGAGAGGAGGAGGAGGAGGCUUAAAAAACGGGGCAAACGGAAACUGAGCUCAGCAGUCAGUUGGUGUGUUUAAUUGGUUUUGUUAUGGUCUGAAAUAAGGCAGGCCUCUAAGGCAGCCCCGCAGUAAAUAAAUACACGGACAGCAGAGGGGCUACCUGCUUAGCUUCAAAUUAAAGCUGCUUUUAUUUUACAGGGACAUUUUCAUAUUUGCUGAGAGUAAAAACAAAGCAGGCUAUUAGAUAUUUGCUAAUUUUUUUUUUACAGACAUCAACUCUUUAGGGGGGUUAUAGAAAGGCCCAACUUAAAAAAAACAAAAAAACAACUUGUCCUAUUAAGACGUUUAUUAUCCUCCACUGUCAGGCUCAAGGCACGGAGGUGCAGAAAAUUAAGUAGGCGGUCUUAGCCUCGGUUUAUUUCGGGAAAAAAGGAACAAAAGAAGAUUUUUUUAAAUGUUAAUGUCGACCGACGUUGCAUCCAUCAUGCUGCCGGUGUCCCGGGCUCUCAUAGACCGGGACAGGGAGCUGGACACCAUGGCCGGGGUUCACGCCAACCCGUCCGGCGCUCCAGGAGCCGUGCGGGGCAUGAAGCGCGGAGACCCGGAGCCCGAUGGACAGACGGCGGCCGCUCUGAUGGACUCCACCGGGGCUGAGUGCAAGCGCCCCAGAAUCGACGGCUCAGGAGGGAUCGGCGAGAUUGGACAGAACAACGAUCCUUUGACCCUCGGCUACCAUGGAUACCCAUCUCACAGUCAGGGCUCUCAGGAUAGUGCUGGCGGUCAGGAAGGACUCGUACCCCCACCCUUCUCCGCCUUCCCACCUCCUCCGCCUCCGCCUCCUCAGAACGGCCUGACUCUGGAUUACGGGAGCAGCCUGUAUGCGGCAGGAGCGGUGCAGGGCCCCGUGGAGGUCGGCGGAGCAGGCAACAGCGCGGGCAACGCCGGCAACAGCCUCAGCCAGUCUGACGGCUCCUCUCAGAUUGACGGGCAGUCUGUAGUUGGCUCAGGUGGAGGGGGCGGUGGCGGGGGCCCUGGGGACGAUUCGGACGCCAAGGGGACGCCCAAACGUCUCCAUGUGUCUAACAUCCCCUUCCGCUUCCGAGACCCCGACCUACGGCAAAUGUUUGGGCAAUUUGGCAAAAUCCUUGAUGUUGAGAUCAUUUUCAACGAGAGGGGCUCCAAGGGCUUCGGGUUUGUUACGUUUGAGUCCAGCUCAGAUGCAGAGAGGGCCAGGGAGAAGCUCCACGGCACGCUGGUGGAAGGACGUAAAAUCGAGGUUAAUAAUGCCACAGCCAGAGUGAUGACAAACAAGAAAAUGACCACACCAUACGCUAAUGGAGAGGGCCUUGCAGCACUGCCAUAUGCUGGUUGGAAGUUAAGUCCUAUGGUUGGAGCCAUGUACAGUCCUGAGCUCUAUACAGUUCCAGGGUUCCCGUACCCGGCAGCAGCAGCAGCGGCUGCCGCUUCCACCGCUGCGACCUUUCGAGGAACGCAUCUGCGGGGUCGAGCUCGGCCCGUCUACAGCGCGGUCAGGGCUGCCGUCCCACAACCUGCCAUCCCAGCAUACCCUGGUGUGAUGGCCUAUCAGGAUGGUUUUUACAGUGCGGCUGACCUCUAUGGCGGCUAUGCAGCGUAUCGUUACGCCCAGCCGGCUGCUGUAGCGACUCCUGCAGCAGCAGCCGCUGCAGCAGCAGCUUACAGUGACAGCUACGGACGAGUUUACACGGCAGAUCCCUACCAUGCUGCACUGGCCCCAGCAGCCUACGGUGUUGGAGCCAUGGCCACGCUCUACAGGGGAGGCUACAGCAGAUUUGCCCCUUAUUAAAAGACAAUACAUGACCCAGGGCCUCCCCUCUCCCAUUGAAUUACUCUGAAAGAGCUCCCUCUGUUGUCCUGGAGGUGGACUGCGCCCUGUUUUAAAGAGUGGAGUCGACCACAGCAAAGAUAUUUCAGACCCUACCCCAAGCAGUCCCACGUUUUCUUAUCUAAGCUUCUACAAAAAUAGAGGAAAGCUGUAUUAAAGACUGAAGGGUCGCCUUUACAUUAAAAAAAUAAAUAAAUAAAAAUAAAAAAUCUGACUGAAAAGUGGCCACCUUCUCAAUUGCACGGCUGUAUUAUAGUCUCCCCCUGUUAUUCUCUCAGCACUCAGCAGCACAAGAUUUGGGGACAGAGCCCAGGCGUUCUUCCAGAGGCUGUAUGUGGAUAAUGGACAUUUGAGCAGCUGCCUUAGAAGGAGCCGAGCGCCGCCUGGCCUGCACACACUCUUGAGGAAAGUAAGAGGGAAGCAGACAGUCUCGAGAGCAGAAAGGUGCCUUCGGUUAGAGCACCCGCAAAAAAGAUUUUUGAACCAGAAUGGCGAAAUAACAAAAGCACCCAGUGGUGCGUUUUAGAGUCCGUCCGCAAUGUCGGCAGAUGGUAAAAGGACGAGUUUCACUCUUUCAGUGUUCUGCUGUGAGGAAGACCGAACCCAGCGUCUUGGAGAAAUGACGGAAAGCUGAAGGAGGGAGGGGUUUAUUAGAGCUGUUCCUUACCUCAAAUUUCUCUUUGUAUGUGGAAAUGGUAAACCUUUAAACUUAAAAAAAAAAAUGUUAUGAUAUGCAAAGAAAUUAGUUUAGAGAAAAAAAAAUUACCAAAUUAUUAUUAUUAUUACUGUUGUAAUUAUUCUCAUUCUUCUUAAUAUAAAACCAUUUUUUUUUUUUUUUUAUUGUUUGAAACAGCUGCACCACUGUGGUGGAGGUUCAUCAGUGAAACUCGGGGGGUAUAAUAACAAAGAAAAA